GUGUUUAAUUAAACCCACAUUGACUGAAAGUUUAAAAUCUGGAGGACGCCACUCAGCGCUGAGCAGAGAGGAGACCGCGGCGGCAGAGAUGGGGGAACUCAAGUACAUGUCUGGAUUCGGCAAUGAGUUUGCCUCGGAGGAUCCUCGCUGCCCGGGUGCCUUACCUGAAGGACAGAAUAAUCCUCAGGUCUGUCCGUACGGUCUGUAUGCUGAACAGCUCUCCGGCUCGGCCUUCACCUGUCCCAGGAGCUCCAAUAAGAGAAGCUGGCUGUAUCGUAUCUUACCUUCUGUCCGCCACAAACCAUUUCAGCCAUACAAGCAGAGCAACCUGACUCACAACUGGGAUGAAGUGGAACCGGAUCCUAAUCAGUUCAGGUGGAAACCAUUCACUAUAGAGGAGAAGAAGCAGGACUUUGUGGAUGGUCUGCGCACAAUCUGCGGAGCUGGUGAUGCCAAAUCACGUAAUGGAAUCGCCAUCCAUAUUUACACCUGUACCACCUCCAUGAUUGACAGGUGCUUCUAUAACUCCGACGGCGACUUUCUCAUCGUUCCUCAGCAGGGAAAGAUCCUCAUCCUGACGGAGUUUGGGAAGAUUUUGGUGGAGCCCAACGAGAUCUGCGUUAUUCAGCAAGGCAUGCGCUUCAGCGUGGAGGUCUUUGGGAACUCCAGAGGAUACGUCCUUGAGGUGUUCGGCGUCCACUUUGAGCUUCCAGAUCUGGGGCCAAUCGGGGCCAAUGGGCUGGCGAACCCCAGAGACUUCCUGACCCCGGCGGCCUGGUUUGAAGACCGGACUGUAGAAGGCGGCUACACGGUAAUCAACAAAUACCAGGGCCGACUGUUCACCUCCCUGCAGGACUUCUCACCGUUUAACGUUGUCGCCUGGCACGGGAACUACGCACCCUACAAGUACAACCUGGCUGACUUCAUGGCGAUAAACUGCGUGGCGUUCGAUCAUGCGGACCCGUCUAUCUUCACCGUGCUGACAGCGAAGUCUCUGAGGCCCGGCGUGGCGAUCGCAGAUUUCGUCAUCUUUCCUCCACGCUGGGGGGUGGCAAACAACACGUUCCGCCCGCCGUAUUAUCACAGGAAUUGUAUGAGCGAGUUUAUGGGGCUGAUUAAGGGUCACUACGAGGCCAAGGAGGAGGGAUUUCAGCCAGGUGGGGGCAGCCUGCACAGCGCCAUGACACCUCAUGGGCCGGACUACGAGUGCUUUGAGAAGGCCAGCAACGCUAAACUGGAGCCUGAGAGGGUGGCGGAGGGGACGAUGGCCUUCAUGUUUGAGUCUUCGCUGAGCAUGGCCGUCACCCGCUGGGGGCUGGAGACCUGCAACCGCCUGGAUAAAGAAUAUUACCGCUGCUGGGAGCCCCUCCGCAGCCACUUCACCCCCACACUGGAGAAGUGACCGCCGCCCCGGGCCCCCGCCGUAUCUAUAGGUCACAUGAAAUCAUAUAAAGAGACAGUCCUGAUAUAUUCUCUAAAUCAAUGCAAUGUCAUUUUUUAAAACUAUGAAUUUAAUUUCCUUCCCAUUUAUCUUUACGUUCGUGACCCGCCCUGGGCGCCAAAAAAAAACGAUUGCGUCCGGGGGCUGCUCCUCCGCCCCGCGAACCAAUAGGAUGUGCCGUUUUAGGCGUCCCGACAUUGGUUUGUAUUCCAACGCAACUGUGACUCCCGGGUGUGGAAAGACGCAGGCUGCGUGCGUUGUGCGGCAAAAUGCGCCAAUGUGAAUGAGCCCGUAAAAAGCUCGCCGCAAACACUGCUGAAGCCGGGGCUGAAACCGUAGAAAGCUGCGGGGCUCCGUAUGGUGGCGUCACCGUCCCUGGCUGUACAGUGCGGCAGAGGGGAGCAAGUCACGUGACCGGCUGGACAGAAUUAGAAACAUUGUAACCAAUAAAAGUCUCCUAUUGUAUUUCA